UCAGGCCCCCGCCUCCAGCUCCGCACGCCCGCUGCGCGCUCUCCAGGUGGGGCAGGGCGGCGCCCGCGGCGCGCACCGGGGACCUGGGCGGGGACGGGGCGGGCGGUGACCAGGGCUCCUCCCUUUUCGACCCCGGGCUCCCUACUCUUAACCCGCGCGCGGGGGCGCCCGGGCCACUGGGUUCCGCAGAGCGAGCUAGCGGUCAGUGCAAAGCCGGAGCCGCGCGCGUCCAGACCCGAGGCCGACGCCAGCACGCCGGCAUGGCCCCCGCAGCGGCGUCGGGUGGCAGUACCCUGCCCAGCGGCUUCGCGGUCUUCACCACCUUCCCGGACCUGCUCUUCAUCUUAGAGUUUGUCUUUGGGGGCCUCGUGUGGAUCCUCAUUGCUUCGUCCCUGGUGCCCAUCCCCCUGGUCCAGGGCUGGGUGAUGUUUGUGUCUGUGUUCUGCUUCAUGGCCACCACAGCCCUGCUCAUCCUGUACAUAGUUGGUGCCCACGGCGGGGAGACUUCCUGGGUCACCCUGGAUGCAGCCUACCACUGUGUCGCUGCCCUGUUUUACCUCAGCGCCUCUGUCCUGGAAGCUUUGGCCACCAUCGGGAUGCAGGAGGGCUACACCUACAAACACUACCAUGAAAACAUCUCUGCUGUGGUGUUCUCCUACGUGGCCACUCUGCUGUACGUGGUCCAUGCGGUGUUUUCUUUAAUCAGAUGGAAGUCUUCGUAAAGCAGCAGAACUUUUGCCGCAGACCCCAGACGGUGUUAACUGAUCAGCCCGCCUUCCAGCGUAACAUUUUCGACGCAGAAACACUCUCGAUGCUGGAAAGAAGAAAACAAACAAACAAGCAAAAGCAACGCUCUGUUUCUUGUGGGUGUUAUGUUUACUCUCCUACAUGCCUUCAUGUCAGGGGUGGGGGCUUGCCACGUUUGACCUCCAACUACGAGCUGUCUUUCUAGAAUCAUUUCCUAUUUGGGAAAGGGGGAUGUGGAGGUGGGAAAAUGGGGAGUGUGACCACAAAACAAAGAUCCCCUGCUGACUCCCGGACUGGAUCUUUUGAACUGUCUUUUGGAAUUUUCCACAAGCCUCUUUGAGUUCCCCCACCCCCACCCCCCCCACCCCCCGGGCAUCCUUCCAAGUCUUCAUGGAUAGUCUACCUGUCAUGGGGAGUAAAACUCACCCAACAAAUAUGUGCAGAUGUCCACGGUGGAAGAUGAUAAACCUUUGAAAUGCUUUAUAAAGUGCCUUUAUGUUCGA